AUGGAGAUUAAAUAUUUCGAUCACCCUCAUCAUCUGUUAUCGCUGAGUAAGCCGAAGUAUGGUUCGAAAGAUUGCCCGGUAUGCUUCAAAAGAUUGGGCUCAAUUGGUACUCAGACCUACAAUUGCAGUGCUGAUGGUUGUAGAUACGGCGUGCACGAGUCAUGUGCCAAGCUCCCGCAAGAGGUGCAAAGCCCCUUUCACCCACCACACCCACUUACCCUACAGCGACACCGCCUCUAUGUCGACAACUAUAGUUUCUUUCGUUGCGGUGGUUGUAAUAAGAAUUGGCUGGGCUUCGCCUACCGCUGCGACGACUGCAAUUUCCAACUUGAUCGUGAAUGCGCUUUUAUGAGGCAAGGGAAAGAGCAACUUGAUAAAAAACAUCCUAACCACAACCAUCCAUUGGCACUAUUUGAGAAGGUGCCCACGGAGCGUUAUAAGUGCGUCGUAUGUGGAAAAGCCUGCAGCUCCGAUCCUGAUCCAACCUAUGGUUGCUGGGAAUGUCGCUUGUUUAUCCAUGGACCAUGUUUUGAGAGGAAGUUGCCACCAGAGAUGCAUCACUUCUAUCAUCCCCAUCCUCUCACCCUCUCAGCUACACCAGCACAUCUACAUAUUACUUGCGAAGCUUGUUAUCAAGAGUUCGCUUGGGUCUGGUACUAUAGCUGUAAACAUUGCCAUGAUUUUGGGAUGGAUAUUGGUUGCACUCUAUUGGUUUUGCCCACCAGUACCAGCAUCAAAUCUGAAACUCAGAUUCAGCAUUUCCUCCACGGACAUCCUUUGUCACUCCGUAACAAUCAAGAAGUCCGCCCGUGCCGUUUAUGUGAGAAAGGCUGCACAGGUCCUACCUAUGUUUGUGACUACGGUAGAGAUAACAACUACCGUACUUGUAGUAAGUACAUUUACUUUCACAAAUCAUGCCUUGAGCUCCCACAACAGAUCUACCAUCCCUUCCAUCAAUACCACCUUCUCACCCUGCUGGAUCUGAGUCAUUAUUCUUCAAGAAGAUACAGAAAAUGCAAUUCCUGUCGAAAGCAUGCCUUUUUCAUUGCCUACAUUUGUGAGAGUUACAAUUGCGAUUUUAUCUUGCACGUUGAAUGCAGUACUGUGGUGAUGCCUCCCAUAACAUAUCAAGGUCACAGUCACCUUCUACAAUUCGGGGACCUUCAAAAAUUCAGGGACGCCGACAAAAUAGUAAUAGAGAUUAAUCUACUUGAGUGCAGCGCUUGCAAAUCCAAUAUUUCUGAAUCAUAUGCCUUCACUUGUCUCUACUGUGAUUUCAAUCUCCAUCUUCACUGUGGUCCCUUACCAUAUACCAUUAAACACAAAGAUCAUAUUAUACAUCCCCUCUUCCUUACAAAUUCACCUCUUCCAGAGGAAGUGGAAGAUGAGACAGAUGAAUUUUAUUGUCAUGCUUGUGAGGAAGAAAGAGAUCCACUGUUACCCGUUUAUUAUUGUGCAGAAUGUCAGUUUGUUGCUGAAUUCAAAUGCGUCUUCUCUCAGAGCCGAUGUGUAGAUGGUGGAAAUCAGUCAUUUAUAAACUAUAAGACAGUGUGUAGAAAGGGUUAUGAAGGUAGAACUGCAGAGACUACUUAA